AUGGAAGGUUAUUCUCGAGCUGUGGCGCGUGUGGGUGCUGCUCUACGCGCGCUGAAGGGAGCUCCCGAGUCCUCGCAGGUAGAGUACGCGAAGGCUUUCAUUGUAGAAAUUUGGAAUGCACGCACUAUGCGCCGAGAGCAUAACCUCCCGCGCUUAACUUUCAUCUACGCACUUACUCAGAUGGUUGCCCGCUGCAAGCCUAAGAAGCCCACAGGGCCUGACCCCGACCUCGAUAUAGAGCGCUUCGUGAAAGAAAUUGGGGCAUUUGAGAUGCCUUCAUUGGAGAACUUGGAAUUAUUGGGGAACUGGGGAGAUCUGGGCGAGGAUCAAUGGUGGUCUCUGCUUCCAACGAGUAAAGCCAAACAUCCUUUGUACCCUGCAUCAUCUGGUCCCGACAUUCCUCCCUCUUCUGCCUCCCCUUCAGUCUCAGUCUCACGUUCUACACCUGUGAUUGACCCGUCAUUAGACAGUCAUUCUCUCAACGACAACCUUGAUGAUGUUCGUCCCGAUGCUGAUACGGAGUACAACGAUGACCUUGAGCCGGGAGAAAUCCCAGAGGCACACAUAUCACCAGUACUGGAUCGCUCACCCCUUAUUCCAAGAAGACAGCCGGUCGCUACCAGUUCAGCCCCACGACCUCCUGUGCCACAAAAGCCUACAAAAUCCCUUGUGCCUUGUAAACGUCCGAAUACUGGUGAUGACGAACAGCUUACCAAGACCGCCAAUCGUUAUUUGAGCCUGCAGAGAUCAAACAUAUCACGCUCUAUGAAGGACCCAACAAAGCCUUUACAGUGCCCACUUGGUCUCUCCGGCAGAGAUGUGCGCCCUGGCUGUGUGAUGCAUCGAAACCGACAUCAAUUGCUGAAUCAUCUGGAAUCUGCUCAUACCGCCUUCGUCCGUUUCAAGAACCAGGCGCUCAGCAGCAAGCAAAAGGGCAAAGAGCGCAAGAAGAUUCUGAACAUGUACCUGGAUGAUGAAAAUGCCUUUCUGGCGUUCGUUGAGACAAUAGUCCUGAGUAAGACUCCCUUGGUAUAG